AAGGUGAACCUUGAUGAACACAUUGUCCUCGCUGAUCCUGAUCCUAAGGCCGUUGCGGCUGCCAGCGACCCUACUGUCGGUGAUUUAUAUGUCGAAAACUACACCGCUGGUCUCUGUAGUUCCCAACUCGACUACUCUCGGCCGCCUUGGGAAGUUCAUAUCCUUGCCAUACGAACGUCGGAGGCCGCCUGCAUCGCCGUCCUCCACCUUAAUCACUCCAUCGGUGACGCAACCUCCCUCUUGUCGCUCUUACAUGCCUGCACUCGCCGCACCUCUGACCCUGAGUCCCUUCCAUCACUUCCUAAAAUACGGCGGCCCCCCACAAUUGUAGCUGCCAGCUUUGGCCCCUUCAUUUUCCUAUGCUGGAUCUGGAAUUUUCUUAUCUACGUGUGGAAUACCCUUGUUGAAGUUAUCCUCUUUGUCUCCACCACCAUCUAUUUGAAGGACUCCAAAAUACUGAAUAUGGGGAAAGAGGGCAUCAAAUAUCGGUCUAGGAGGAUUGUCCACUGCACUCUUUGUCUUGAUGACAUUAUAGACAUAAAGAACACCAUUGGUUGCACAAUAAACGAUGUUUUGGUUGGAGCCACUUCUGCCGCUCUGUCUCGUUACCUUAGCAGGAAGUACGGUGGCCUUCUACCCAAACAAUUGCUAAUAAGAACUACUGUGGUCAUCAAUAUUCGGCGAAUAUCAGGAAUUAAUGUGAGGGGAGCACAAAUUAUUUUGUUUUAUUUUAAUUGUUUUAUAGAAAUAGUUAUUAUUGUUAUUCUGUAUAUUAUGGCGAAUUGCGAGCAGGAUUUAGCAUAUAUGAUGAAGCAAGGCAGUGAAGCGAAGUGGGGUAAUCGGAUUGGCUAUUUUUUGCUUCGGUUACCUGUAAUGAAGUGCGAGGAUCCAUUGGACUAUGCAAGGAAUGUUGCAGCAAACACAGAAAAGAAAAAGAAAUCAUGGGCAGCGACACUUUCUUAUAAAUCUGCUGUCAUGAUUUAUAAGUGUCUGGGCACUAAGGUACGCUGGAUAUUAUUCAUUUUUACUGAAGCACACAAUUUUUUCUUGAAAUUUUGGCUCAAUAUGUAA